CGCCCCCGCCCCGCCCCGCCCCGCCUCGCCUCGCCUCGCCUCGCCUCGCCUCUUCCAGUGGGGUCACCUGGCUUGGUUGGGCCUCCGUCGUCAUCCUCGGAAAUAACGCUCAAGCCAAUCAGUGGAAAAUUUGCUUUCCUGGACGGCCGUUCAUUGGCUGAUAACGCGGAGCCCGUUCCGUUGUCCGUAUUGGCUGUUGCCGCUGUCAGUCAGGGGCAGGGUCGAACCUUGCCCCACUCUUUGUCUGGGCGAGCUCCUGUUGUCUGGGCGAGCGGCGGAGGCGCGGCUGUGGAUUGGUCGCCGGGAGAGCCCUCCGGCCCGUUCCUAUUGGCCCGUCCGCCGGCGGGCGUUGCCGAUUGGUAGGGCCGAGCAAUCUGGGUCCUAGUUGGCAGAGCUCGCCCCGGAUGGAAGCUCCAGCCGCGGAGUGAUGGUGGCGGCAGCGAAGAUGGGCCGGGCAGGGGCCAUGGCGGUGGCGGCAGAGGUGGCAGGGGCGGGGCGCCUGGCGAUAGAGGAGGCUGUGGUCUACAAGGGGCUGUAGGUGGAGGCAUGGCUCAGGCCAGCAGCGGGAACGGCAGCGAGGAGGCCUGGGGGGCACUUCGCGUGCCGCAACAGCAGACGCAGUUGACUUUGCCUGCAACUCCAUAGACUCCCAUCCCAUGGCUGCAGUGGAAGCUUGCAGUGGCUCUCCAGUGACCAAAGACAUACUUCGAGAGCUGUGCCCAGGAGUGAACAACCAGCCCUACCUCUGUGAGAGUGGUCACUGCUGCGGGGAGACGGGCUGCUGCACCUACUACUAUGAGCUCUGGUGGUUCUGGCUGCUCUGGACUGUCCUCAUCCUCUUUAGCUGCUGUUGCGCCUUCCGUCAUCGACGAGCUAAGCUCCGGCUGCAGCAACAGCAGCGGCAGCGUGAGAUCAACUUGUUAGCCUACCAUGGGGCAUGCCAUGGAGUUGGCCCUGUCCCCACCGGUUCGCUGCUUGACCUUCGCCUCCUCAGCACCUUCAAACCCCCAGCCUAUGAGGAUGUGGUUCACCGGCCGGGCACACCACCACCUCCUUACACUGCAGCCUCAGGCUGCCCCUUGACUGCUUCCAGUGAACGCACCUGCCGCUCCUCUGCUUCUAGCUGCCCUGCCCCCUGCGAGGGAACAAAUGUGGAAGGUGGUUCCUCCCACCAGAGUGCACCCCCUCAUCAGGAGGGUGAGCCAGGGGCUGGGAUGAGCCCUACCCCCACACCCCCUUCCUGCCGCUAUCGCCGCCUGACUGGUGACUCAGGUAUUGAGCUCUGCCCUUGUCCUGACUCUAGCGAGGGCAAGCCAGUCAAGGAGGCUAGGGCUGGUGCCACCCCACCAGAUCUGGAGGACCCUUGUGUGCUGCCCCUCAAUCCUGUACCCCAGGCCUCCCCUGUGGAGCUAGCUUCCAGUGAAGGGGACAUCCCAUAAACAGUUUUGGGAGGGUGGAUUACUUGCCCACCAGAAACUGCCCUGGGCCCAAGUUCUCUUUGGCCUCUCCCUGCCACUUCUAAUCUGCCUGAAAGGGGUGGAGUCUUGAAAAGAGUGGCAGUGUUUGGGGGACUGUGCUAGCUCUACCCCCAAAAAACACACAGGAGCCUUUGAUCUCAUUAAAGAGAUGUGAACCAGCUGCUUGUGAA